AUGGUCGUCCACCUCCUCCUGAAGAUUCGAAAAGAUAAACUUGAUUGGUCGCAAGAGAAAACGAAGGAACUCUUCCAAGAACGGUGUGAAUUCUGGAGGAACGUCGAGAAUCGAAACUCGGAUCAGUCAAAGUUCAUUCUCUACUACGAGCUUCUUGCAAGCAUAACCUCUAGUGUGAUUGACUUUGACGCUCAUCACCUACACAAAUGUAUCCAGAACAUUUCGAAGAAGGAUUCCGAGAGGAUUUGGGUUGAGGAGUUGAAAUUUAUGAGCGACAUGUUCUCAUUUGUCGCAUCCGAUGAUGUUGUUUCUAAAUCUUAG